UGCCGGCCCACCGCGACACCCCGUUCCGGGCUCCUGCAGGUCUUCUCCCUCAUCGUGUUUUCCUGCCUCAUCGGGGAGGGCUACACCAACGUCACCACCUCGCCCAAGCUCUUCUGCAUCUUCAACCGCAACGAGGACGCCUGCCGCUACGGCAUCGGCAUCGGCAUCCUCGCCUUCCUCGCCUGCAUCUUCUUCUUCAUGGUGGACGUCUACUUCCCCCAGAUCAGCAAUGCCACUGACCGCAAGUACCUGGUCCUGGCGGACCUCAGCUUCUCAGGGCUCUGGACGUUCCUGUGGUUCAUUGGCUUCUGUUUCUUGACCAACCAGUGGGCCUGGACACCGGCCACAGAUGUGCAUGUUGGGGCUGACUCUGCCCGAGCUGCCAUCACCUUCAGCUUCUUCUCCAUCUUCUCGUGGGGGCUCCUGAUCGCCUUUGCUUACAAGAGGUACAAGAUGGGGGUAGAGGACUUUGCUCACAACUACGUCGACCCUACCUCAGAGGUCUCAACUCCCUACUCCAGUUACCCGAACAUCAGCCAUGACAGCUAUCAGCAGCCACCCUUCACCCACACUGCGGAGGCCUCGGAGGGUUACCAGCCACCGCCGGUGUACUGAGCCCUGUGCCAGGCAGUCCAGCAGGGACAGCUGUACACGUGCAAUUUUCUUCCAUGGGGUGGGAAGGGAGGGACCUGUAACUUGAAUGGGGAAGGUGGGGGGCAGAAGGGUGGUAGCUGCUUUGUGUGAAGGCCACUAGGCUUUGGUGCUGGCAUGCAGGACAGACUGCCUAGUCCUCAUGGAGCUGUAAGCUUUCCAGCUGGGAAUCGGAGUGUAAUGUGUAGCGGUGUGAGUGCUGAGUGCAGACCUGCUGCAUGCCGCGAACUCUUCCUGGGAGGAUACUGUUUGCAGACUCCUGUGCUGCUCUGCCUUCCUUCCUGGCCCUGGAGAGGUUGAGCUCCUUUCCUUUCUGUUGUGCCUCUGGGGAAGCAGUUGUGGGAGGAAGCAGUGCCGUGUCUGGUUUUCAGCCCUCCCAGGCCUGGCCCCUGGUUCUGGCUUUGGCUGUGCCGUUGUGACUGCUGCCCUGACCUGUCCUAACACUGUUGCCUUUGCCAGCCCUGCUGGCUUUGAUUCCCUAAAGUGCCACCUUUCACUUCUUUAGUGAGUGUCUUAAUCCCCAGCGCAGCUGGAUGGCGCAGUCCAACUCCUGCCUGCCUUUGUGCUCUUGUGCCUUCUUCCCUUCCCUCAACUGUUGCUGGGUGAGCUUGAUGCCAAAGCCUUGUGUAUAUAAACUUCCUUGUGCCAUGCCUCCCCCCAAAGCCUGCACUUGGGCUGCUGGUGCUCACCUGAAACGGUUUGGGAUCUCUGGAAGCAGCAAGCUCUGGGCUCUCUUGCAGCAGGGCGGUGGCCCCAGCCUUGUCCACAGCUCCAGCUGCUACUGAGGAAGGUCCUUGUGGAGCACCUCCGCUGCUGACUCAAUCCGCAGCAGCGCCUACCUUCCUCGCUUGCCUUCCACUAGACGUGGGGUACCCAGAGAAGUCAGGCUAUAGUCCUGUGUGCUGCAUGCUGCUCUGAGAGCAAAGCUCUGCUCAGCAGCUCACUCUCUCCACAGGCUGAGAGCUUUGAGUUGUGCCUCUCUGCGUAUGGGCUCUGCAGGCUGGGUUGUCUCAGGUUAUGUUUUUCUGUUGCACCUGUUUUGAAGCUGUUCCCAGCAGCAGUGUGAGGUAUGUGAGCUGUAGCUGCUGGGGCUGACAUUCAAGUAUUUCUUUGUUUGUCACUGUAGAGAUGGAAUAAACUUUUUCACUUAGCCA